CCCCACACCUGCGCCUCAAACGAGCGCUUGAGGGCGGCUCCACGAGGGACGUUUCCCUGGGCGGGGAGAAAUCCUCUCAUGGAUACCUUACCAAGCCGUUCUUUAAGGCGACACUAGCUCCAGCCGCUGGGCCAGGCGGCCGCGACGGCCCUUGUCCCCCCUCUCCCACCCCACCCUUGUGGCUCUCGGUUUGUUGAGGCCCCCAAAGCGGGGCUCCCUUUCUCCUCCAGACCCUGUCUCUCGGCCGCCCGUCCUGCCCAUCCUCUUUUCUCGCCUUGACCAGCAGGGGGCGCUGCGGGCGGAGGCCUUUUUUCGGAUCUGGGCCGAAAAACUCGUUCUCCCGCCGAGGCUCCGACCAGCAACGGGUUGGGCCUACUUUGUUUCGGGGAGAGCGGGACCAGCGGCGCUUUGGCCGGAUCGGUAGCGAUGGAGAUCGGCACCGAGAUCAGCCGUAAAAUCCGGAGUGCCAUAAAGGGAAAGCUGCAGGAAUUGGGAGCAUAUGUUGAUGAAGAGCUCCCUGAUUAUAUCAUGGUCAUGGUGGCAAACAAGAAGAGCCAGGAGCAGAUGACAGAGGAUCUUUCCCUCUUUCUUGGAAACAACACUGUGAGAUUUACUGUCUGGCUUCAUGGUGUGUUGGAUAAACUUCGUUCUGUAACUACAGAACCUGCCAAAUCUUCAGAAUCCAACCUCUUUGAAAGCAGUCUGCCAUCUGGCAAAAACUUAUCAGAUGGAAGUGAGGAGAGAAGAGUGGAGGAAGUCCUACAGCCUCUUACAGUCUCAAGUUCUCGUCCUGAAAGGACAGAUUCCCGAGUCUCAACUAGUUCCCAGGAACAGAAUGCUGCUGCCUGGCAGUCCUGCCAAGAUGGCCCUCCUUCUCUCUUGAUGUCGACUGUGAAACCACUGAGGGAAUUGUCCCCCUUGGAAGCUGUGAUCGACAUUAAGCCUGAGCCAGAUGAUCUCAUUGACGAAGACCUCAAUUUUGUCCAAGAGAACCGGAUGCCCCGAAAGAAGCCCCUUGUGACAGUGACUUACGGUUCUUCCCGUCCAUCUGCUGAAAUUUAUCGCCCACCAGCCAGUCGAAACAUGGAAGGCAACGUUCACUUGCAGAGGUUGCCACAACACAGCAACCUACAAAAUGCCAAGCAGCUUGAUAUACAGGAUGGUAGGUCACUGGAAACUGUCCAGCUCUGUGAUCCAGAUGCAUUUGGCAGCUUGGCCGAGAGUUACAGGCCCUCUUCCAAAGGGAAUGCUGAUAAAAUUAGCAGUGAGGAAGAAACACUGAGGAAGAGAAAACUCCCAGUUGUAAGCUCAGUAGUGAAAGUGAAGCGGUUUAGUAUUGAUGGAGAGGAAGAGGAAGAAGAGGAAGACUAUGGACUACGGCUGGGAGGCAUAUCCAGCAGCGUCUCUGUGCCUGCGAAACCUGAAAGAAGGCCUUCACUGCCACCUUCCAAACAGGCCAAUAAGAAUUUAAUACUGAAAGCUAUCUCUGAAGCUCAGGAAUCGGUUACAAAGACAACUAAUUAUGCUACAGUCCCAGCAAAACAGACAGUUCCUGUGGCUCCCAGAACCCGGACUUCUCAUGAAGAAGCUCUCCUGGAAGUUAUUCAUGGGCAGAACCGUUUAUCCAGAAUGAACCCCCAGGAAGAAGAGCCACAUGAGCAACUGCUAGGAAGAGUACCAGGGACCCAGCAGAGGCAACUCUUUUCUCGUCUCCAGGUUGAACCAAGCAUCGAAGAGACGUUGCAGAAGGCCCAAGAAUAUUUUAGUUUGGAAUCCAUGGUCCACACAGACACCAGAUCAUUUAUCUUGAAGAAGCCAAAGCUGUCUGAGGAGAUCCUGGUGCCCCAGAACGUGGAAGUGGGGCACAAGUCCACAGAGGCAUUGCAAGCACUUUCUGGACGGCUGAUACAGACACGAGAGCAGCUUGGGCACCCGGAGAAGCCUGCCAGUCCCAAGUUCAUAGUCACAUUAGAUGGAGUUCCCAGCCCUCCAGGGUACCUGUCUGACCAAGAGGAGGAAGAGCAAAAUCUUAUGGAAGGAGUUAGGCCAGUUCUUCCCAGGGCGACAACCAGCAAGGGAUUACGGAGCCUCCGUGCCCAACAGAUGCACAUUAUUUCCAGACAGCUGGAGAGCACUGAUGUAGAGAUGCAGGAGGUGGGCAUCCUGCACAAAGUGGAAAAAGUACCCGAGCGCUGCAAGUACUGGCCCGCCUGCAAAAAUGGAGAUGAAUGUGCCUUCCAUCAUCCCACCCUGCCAUGCAAAAUCUUUCCCAACUGCAAAUUUGCUGACAAGUGCUUGUUCAUCCAUCCAAACUGUAAAUACGAUGCAAAGUGCACCAAGCCAGACUGCCCGUACACUCAUGCCAGCCGACGGACCCCACUGCCACCUCCGAAACCAGCUCCGCCACCAGUACCACCAGCACCUUCUACUAGCCAGCUUUGCCGUUUUUUCCCUGCUUGCAAGAAAAUGGAAUGCCCUUUCUACCAUCCCAAACAUUGUCGGUUUAACACCCAGUGCACCAGAGUAGAUUGCACGUUUUACCACCCUGCCGUUUCUGUACCACCACGUCAUGCCUUGAAAUGGACUCGAACCCAAACUAGGCACUCCACAAUGAAAUUUAAUGGACCAAGCAAACAAUGACAAUUGUAAACUCCAUGAAAUGCAGUGAAUCAGAUAUACUGUUUUUUUAAAAAUAAAGAACGGUGACAAAAUGUGGUGUUUCCAGCUAACAAAUUCUUUUUUAAUUAUUAAUAAAAAUGUUGGAGGGAAUUUGAAAAUAAAAUGUUUGGAUACUUUUUCCCACUGUUUGUGUGUCACUUUGGAACCAUUUUCAAAGAGUGGGAAUUAAUUUCUAUCUACCAGAGGACAUGGUGGGGUAGUAAGUGCCAGAUUUUCAAAGAUCUUAAAAAGAAACGUGUGUUAUAGCUGUGACUUGUUAUCACAACAGUCAGGCAUCAUGGAGUCCUUUGUGGUAAAGCAUGACUCAAAUAAUGUACAGAUCUGCUCGCGGUGGCUUGCUAACUUUGGGCUAGUAAAAGUUAUCACAGCAGCAAGCAGAUAACAUGAAAGGCAAGAACACAUUCAGACUCUUACCCUCACCAACUCCCACACCUAGUUUCAAACAAAGAAAGUACAAGCCAGUCUCCCAGCCAUGUAUUCUGGCAUUUCAACUGCUUGACAGUUCGCCCAAUCCUAAUUUAUUCAGGAAAAAAAAAAUCAAGUUGAUCAAAUCUUUUCUAAGUUGCCAAACACAUCAGGUAGGGUAGAUUGAGUUUUGUACUAGGAGUUCCAAAGGUCUUCCUGUUCUAUGUGUAUAUGAUGCUUCUUUUCUGUACUGGGUGAGAAAACAAAGUAUUUUGAUUUAAAAAUGCAUAAGUGCAUGCUUGCACAUUUUUACAACUGGUAUUAAAAACAACCUUCAACCUUAUUUGCCAAUAAGAAAGUAUGCUUUUCCAAGCCAAGUUUCUGUUUGUAGCUAGCUGUUCUGAAUUUCCUUUGAACAUCCUAUGGUUCUGGACCGAAAUUUUAAACAUUAUGAAGUGACUGAGGAUCAUAGGUAAAACAUUAUUCACAGGCUGAAAUCCUGUUGCUUAGCAUAGUAAAUUGUACUAGAGUAAGCCCAUUGGCA